AUGGUUAAAUUAUUUAUUCCUUGUCAUGAGAAUCGGCGAUCACCAACUGGACAAUUGUAUACUGUUUAUCGUAUUGAGGUUUACCAUGAUGGAUGUUGGAAUAGGAUUGAAAAAAGAUACAACGAUUUUUAUCAAUUACACAAGGAGAUGAAGAAAAUUUGUUCCACACCCAAGUUUCCACCGAAAAAGAUGAUGAGAAAUCUAAGUAAUACCGUUAUUGAAGAGAGAAGAAGCCAAUUGGAAAAUUAUCUUCAACAACUAAUAAGAAACGAAUCGACCCAACCCAAUAUUUUCCAAUUCCUUAGCUUAUCUCAAGUGGAAACUAAAUCAAACUCUCAAUGGAACCAAAUAAGACCCCUGUCAAUGAUUGCAUUUUCAAAUGAUCUAUUAAAUAGUCCAGACGAUGAUGAUGGAUUAGAAGGAUCAUCUCCAUCAUCUUUGCCCGAUAUCGUACUUAAAGGAGCACUGGAAGCAUUUUAUUCCAACAACAAUGAACAAUUUAGGCAUAGAAUUGACCACAAUUAA